AUGAGUCCAGAGCGUCUACAGCUGCCUCUGGAGGCUCUUCCACAUGCCAUGCGACUCACUCACUCCCUUCCCUCUCCCUCUCCUCCCCACCUACUCCCUCUCCCCCCCUCCCACACCACGUUCACCAGAAUGAGUCCAGAGCGUCUACAGCUGCCCCUGGAGGCUCUUCCACAUGCCAUCGACAGCAGCGAGCAAAAGAAUGUCAUGCUAGCAUACCGAGAACGGUUUGACAAGUUCGGUGAUCUGAUUCGCUGCCAUGGCCCUCCUUGUCCCGACUUCGCCUCUUGUGGUUCUGCCUACCCCAACGUCCAUGCGUGCUGGAACCCCCUCCUCGACGCACCUCUCCUGCUGCCCGCCCGCGCGCCCCUCAACUGCCCCAAGAAGGUCAACCUCAAGAAGCCGCGGGUUGCAUGGCAGAACCAUGACAAGACAUGCUCGCACCCCAGGGACUUCAACCCCCGAGAGCCGUCCGCCAUGCAGGUGUUUCGCCUGCAUGACGUCAUGGUGACACACAAGGGCUUUGUCUUCAAUGCCACUCACCGAUACGUUCACCAGGGCUGCAAGCGAUUCAACCCAUUCUCCUACCCACAAGGCCAGAAGGUGCAUCGGAUAAAACUGGCCUUCGACUGGGGCUACACGCAGGGAAACAACUUCUACCACUUCCUUGUCGAGGCCAUCCCCUCCUUCUUCGUCGCUGCUGCUGCACUGCCCAACCUCAGAGACAUCCCCAUCAUAGCGGAGCGCUUCCAGUGGGACCUAUACGACAGCAUAGGCCGCAUCUUCAUAGGGGUGAAUCGCACAGACAUGAGAGCCCUGCCAGCAACCGAUGGGGACCUAUUCCACGUUGACACGCUCUAUGUGCCCAUGCUACAGGAGUGUGGAGCCCCCAACAAGGCCCUCUGGAUGGAGUUGAGGCGGCACCACCUGCUGCACCCGCAGGGCCUGCCUCUCUUCCGCCCCGACUUCUCCUACCACUACCGCCCAGCGCUCUCCUACCAGCAACUCACCCACCUCUCCCCUGACUUGGUGGUGGUGCUGGCACAGCGGCCCUCAGGGAAGCGCUCUUUCACCAACGCUGAGGAGGUUAAAGAAGCGGUUCUCGCCGCGUUUCCAGCAGAGAGGGUUGUUGUGUUUGACGGGUCGCUGCAGCUCAUGCAAGGUGCGUUGCUUGCCCUUCAUGGGGUCUGGUCUGGUUCUGAGGCCCCUUGGGAAAAGAGGGGUUCCUCUUUGAGGCCUCUCCUAUCAGCAGCUCACCCACCUCCCCCUGACUGGGUGGUGGUGCUGGCGCAAUGGCCCUCAGGGAAGCGCUCCUUCACCAACUCAGAGGAGGUUAAAGAAGCGUUGCUGGCCGCAUUUCCGCCGGAAAGAGUGGUAGUGUUUGAUGGGUCUCUUCAGCUCAUGCAAGCUCACCACUCCCCCCUUCUUCCCCCUCCCCCUCCUCUCCCACUCCUUCCCCCUCCCACCCGCCUCCUCCCCAUUUGGUCCCGCCUUCCUCCCCGCUUCUGUCCCCUACUCAUUUCCCAUCCCCUCCCACAGCCCUUCUUCCCCAUUCCCGCAGCCCUUUCGUCGAACUCUGCUGUUUCCAACCUUGUCUUCCUCAUCCACCCCACUCCUCCACUCUUCACCCCCCAUUCCCCCCCUCCUCCUUCCCCCCUGUUCCCCCUCCACUCCCCCCCUCCUCCUGCCCCCCUUGCCCAACCCCCCCACUCCGCCCCUCCUCCUGCCCCGUUGUCCCCUCCCAACCACACUGCACCCCUUCUUCCCCAUUUCCACAGCGCGUAA